AUGGGCACAGACUACUUCCUCCACCACGUCCUCGUCUACCUUGGCGCCAAAGAAAACAUUUCGCAAGUUCCAUUACUGCUGGAUGUGGGAACAGUGUGCUGUGACGUGGCCAACUUCUCCAAGGACUGUUACGUCACAUACCAGCCGACCGGCAGGAACAACAGUGAAACCAACGAAGCUGUGUUCAAGAGCACAACACAGAUUUCCACUGCCCGGAGUGGUCCUGCUUCGCUAGCCGUUGACAACAACACCGACGGCAGCUACACUCACGGCUCUUGUUCCCACACCAGUGAAACCACUAACACACAGUUCUGGUGGCAAGUGGACCUAGCUCUCGCCUUGCCUGUGGCAAAACUGAGAAUCUACAACAGAGUAGAUUGUUGUGCAUUUCGUCUGAAAAAUAUCGACGUCCUGGUAGGUCGGAGAAGCUCGUCUAGCAUUGCUUACACGAGGUGUGUCCAGCAUGAUGACGUGUUCCCCGCGGUCCAGACGCUGGUCUGUGGUCAGCCAUUGUGCGGCCAGUACGUGCGAGUGGUCAAGGCUCCAGUUAGUGCAUUAGAAGCUCUGACUCUGUGUGAAGUACAGGUGUACACUGGAACUUUCGACCCAGGAAAACCCACGACGAACGAACCCAGUGUUCAGACAUCAUCCACUUCACCGACUACACCAGAGAACGCGUCAACUCCUGAUGACAGUGUCGUGAACGCUGCAGGAUCAACACAAACACAGAACACAAGGGAGACGACUCCGGAUGACACCAGCGAAGACAGCAGCUUAUCUCCCCUCGUUGACAUCACCUUUUCAGGGGUCGCGUGGGGUGAUGCAGGAGGUCAAACGAGCACAGCUCCCUUUCCCUUAGCGCUAGACACCAUCUCCACAGUAAAAAGCCCACAGUCAUCUGUCAACGACAGCAGCACGCAACCUUCUGCAGAAAACUCCUCUACGACGACAGAGACAGGCGAUGACCCGAGACUGACCCGCGCCGUGCUGUCAGGAAGAGAUACUGCGGCGGAGACAACACCGCUUACGUCACGCAGCGAUAACGAGGCGCUGCACUUUAGCUCCGGCGUGGAGUUCACAGAGGUCACGAGGAGCACUGCCACGUCGACGUUGGUUAGCGUGAAGGCGACGAGCGGUGAUACUGUCAUGCCAGCACCGAUGAGUGUCAUGGAUGUGACACCACCAGAGUCACCUACAGACGGGAUGACGACGACGACGACGACGACGACGACGAUGGCAGACCUCGUGUCUGCUGUGUCUUUAGCGGAAUUCGCUGACCAAACCACAGCGACAGUCUCAACAACUACAUCAGUGUUUCACUCAACUGCAACCACAACAGGAAAUGAAGGAUCUCUGACAAACAUUGAAAUGUCAGCAGCGAUGUCAGGCGUAAGAGUCAGUGUGUCAGUGAUGGUGGCAGACCAACAACGUAGUGAGUCAGCUACGAACUUAGUGGAUGUAACGAGCGUGUCGAAGCUGCCAAGUGACAUGGCUGACAUGACAGACCUCUACACACUCACACCUACUGUAGCACCAAGGCCUGAGGUGUCAGUGACAUGUCACGAGGGAAGUUCGUGUCUUAAAUCAGUCACAAGAGAGUCAGAGCCAACUGUCACUAGUGGCGAUCAUUUCGUUACAGCACCAGUACCAACUGUCACUCCUCCUGAAUAUCUCGUAACAAAGUCUCUGUCAAAUAUGGAAUUAGUUACAUCAGACACAAUCCUGACUGUCAGUCCUGUGACACUAGAACAUUUUGUGACAGACCCUGUAAUGACAAACAACAUUCCUGUGAUAAGUCUCGAACACUUUGUAACAGAGUCAGUGUCCGAUCAUGAAUUAGUUACAAGAAACUCAGUGCUGAGUGCUGAUGGAGUGACAAAUCUUGAGCCAGUCGUCACAGAGUCAGUGCUAGGUGUCAGUCCUGUCACAUCUAAUGAGUUACUCAAACUCGAUUCCGUGACAAACGCCAUUCCAGUGUCAAAGAUGUACACUGAGUCACAACCAAUCGCAUCAGAGCUUACAAACCUGUCUGUUGUCACAAACUAUGGCGCAACAGCAACUACAACAGCAACAACUACAACAGCAACAACUACAACAGCAACAACUACAACAGUACAAGUAAACGUCAUAACUUCAAUGCCGGAAGAAACCAUGGAGACAUCCCAGUCGAGUCCUCAACUCCUCGCAGUCAUCACAACAUCGACAAGCAGCUCACCGACGACCGCCCAAGACUUUCCCUCACCUGUAUCAACACUAUCACGUGACUUUGAGUCGACACCUAUUGACUUUCUGGUCACUGUGGUAGUCCUGUCAUCUGAUGUGCUCGCGACACACUUUGACUCACUUACUCAAGGACUUCAUCACCCUCCACACUCCUCCAUUCUCACUUCACCCUACGUUUCCGAGGCUACGAACUCUGGUGGUGAUGCCGUCGUUGACAUCAUCGUAUCAACAGUUCAGCAAGGAUUCGAUGUAGUUUCUUCUAACGACGACUACAGUUACCCUUCGUCAGCUACCAUGGUGGAUUUCUCACAUGUCACCUCGACAACGGUUUUGCCGAGUUCUGCUGAAGCAAAGGAAACAAAUGUAGAAAGGUCCGUCGACUCGUUCUCGGAGCCAGUGAAUACACCACCACGAAGUUUUGUGUCAACAACCGAGGGACUCAACUACGUCACUUCCCCUGCCAUGGCGGAUGCCACUAAAGUAACACUCUCCGAUCAUGGAGAAAACACAGUAAGAGAUGUGGUCAACAGUAAAGACAUGCUCUCGUCAACCAUACCAAGUGCAAGUCGAGUGGUAGACUCUAAUUCAUCUGCCUCACACAAUUCUACAGACUUAUCUUCUCUCGCCAUAUCUAAUGUUUCCAGUUCUCUGCAGCCUGUGACACAUACGUCUGGCAUACCAUCAGUGUCAGUGACACGGAGCGAAGAGAACGAUAGAACACUUUUUGUCUCAGACUUGAGCCUCGCAGUGAGUCAAACGACACACGUGACAGGGAAUGUGGAUAAAAUAUCUUUGUUGCCGUUACCAAGCGCCUCGCAAGUCCCCCACCUACGGUCGUCGUCUGAAGAAUACAGUCAGCUAUCGUUGUCUAACCAAACGGCGCAGUUGUUGGACACCAUCACCAAACUCAUUCCUGUGCUCGUGGAAUCAGAUAAAUCUCGGGUCAGUUUGGUUGAAGUCAACACCAUGCCUACAUCCAGCAUCUUCCCGACGAUUAUAGUAAACAACAUGCCAACGACAACCACCCUGUCAUCUGGCGGGGGGAACAAUCAUCCUCUACUCUACACUAGCACUGUUGUAACGGGUGAACACGUGACAACAGCUGACGUAUCAGAUGCUGUAGAAGCGACUCGUAUGGACUCAUCGCUAGAUACACACUACCCUCUCCUCCAUCCGGCGUCUGUCACCUACUUUCCAGAAACCUCUGCUGACCCCAGUCAUGACCCUGAUUCAGGUCAGGCUCUAAGGCAAACACCAACUCUGGAUCAGGCUUCGCUGUCGACCAUGUCGAACAAGACCGAGUCACCUUCCUCGAAGGAACAUCAGGUGACCGCCGGUAGCAUCACCACCACGACCAGACGCCCUCCUUCUACCACUCCUCCGAGAUCCCCGAUGUGUCCGUGCGGCUGCCAGCGCAAGUUGCUGCAGCCGAACACCAGUCAAGAUGCCAACUACCUGGACCAGCUCCGGCAGACCAUCGAGGACGAGUUGAAGAUGUCUCACGCUGACCUCGCCCAGCAGGUCAUGAAGAAAACCAGCGCGCCGGACGGACGACAUUCUGCUGUAGCUGUUGGGGCGGUGGCUGUUAUCAUCAUGAUCCUCUCUUUGCUUAUCUUAGUCCUUCUUGACUUGAUUGACCUUCUCAGAUGGUUGCACAUGCACGUGGUGAGGCGCACGCGCGUUGAGAAGCUACACCUACCUACUUAAUUUGUUUUGAAACUCGUUCUUACGUGUUUCCCAUCUUUCCCUUGUCACCGAUACAUCAAGCAUCUGACUUGGGUUCAGAUUUCGGCUAGGACAAAAAAUUGCAGUCUUAUUUUUUUUAUUUUUUUUUUUAACUAUUUAUUAAAGAGUUAGCAAAAUUGACAGGGGUAAAUAUGAAAUUCAGAAAAAUCCAGAUAUCCUGGAAAUAGUUAUCUUGCUUUUGGAAGAUGCCGUAGUAUUAAUUUCGGAUGCUGUUACUGGUCUGCAGAAUCAUUUUAAUGUUUUAAUGAAUACAUCAUGUAAUUUAGGUUUAGUCGUUAAUUUAAUAAUUCUAACAUUGUAAUCUCUGAAAAUGGCGGUUUUAUUUCUUCCGUUGAGAAAUGGUCUAUUGGAGUCCAAAAUAUUUGUUGUAAAUAUGUAUAAAUAUUUGGGUAUCUGCAUGUCCAUUCGUCUGUCCAUCUCUCAUGCUUUAAUGACAUGGCUAGUCGUGCCAAAAAUUGGUGUAGCUGGAAUCCUGGGGUCUUUGUGGUCGACUGGUGAACAUGCUCUGAUGUUUUCCUAAAAUUGUUUGACUGUCAGAUUCUUCCUGUGACGAUGUAUGCAGAACUAUGGGGAGUUGUUGCCAAUCUGAAACCAAUAGAAACAGUUCACACUUUUGCUUUAAACAGAUUUUUCAUUCCAUUCCCAAAGCCUAAUGCAGUAGUCUGUGGAGAAAGAUGAAAAUACUCCUUACAUGUGACUGUUCUAUAAAAAGUAUUAAAAAUAUUGGCUACGUAUUUUGAGCAAGAAGAUUGCCACGCCGGGCUUACAAUAUGUUGUUAAAUAUACAUAACCAAAACAAAGUGUUGUAUCCGAUUGCUUUUGGCAUGUCUGUCAAACUCAGGCGUUGGAGACCCUGAACUAAUUAGUACAACUUUUAAAAGGAUUCUCCAGAACUGUUAUCAGCAAGAAUUGUAUUUUACUAUAUCUUCCGAUGAUGAUAUCAAUUCUAUAAUU